CUAGACAUCUUUCUGCUUAAGGACAAUGGAGUAUACCCCACAACCCCACGAACUUCUCCAAUUCAAUUCCUGGGGGCGGGCCUUUCUCCCUUUUUCUUCCACCUCGUUUCCUUAUCUUGUCUGGAAAUUUGUUGAUGGCAACUAUGGAUUUCAUACCUGUCACCAUGGCUCCCGCGAGUGCUGACGCAGUCGAGCCCAAGCCGAAGUCAACCGGCAAGAUGCGCAAGAGAGCUCCUAAGGCCUGCUUGUCAUGUCGCAGCCGUAAAGUGAGAUGCGAUGUCUCUCAGCGCGGUAGGCCAUGCAUGAAUUGUUAUCUCGACAACGAAACUUGCGUUGUGACUGGGCGAGCGUCCAGGUUUAGAAGAGGUCAGCGCGGUGAAAACGACAAUGGACAAACUUCGUGUCCUCCCUAUUCGACAGAAGAUUGUGCUCAUGGUCGAACAUCAGAAGACGUCGUGAAUUCGCGAAUCAAUGGACAGUUACCUUCGCUAGGAGCCGACGGGGAAAAUAGUACUCCGCUGCAAGACAUAUCUAACCCAAUAAGUCACCCUGAGCAUCGGAUAAGUCCAGAUGUCGAAACCGAAAAAUGGACUGGCCCUGGAGUAUCGCAGCAAGGCGUGCCGGAUGGAUUGAACGAGCAAUGUACAAAUAGGAUUCCGAGUCCCAUGCCCUCAAUUCAAGAAACUUCAACUUUACCCUUGAAUACCUUCAAUUCCUUCAUGACCCCGGAGAUUCCUCUUUGGGUUGGAGACCAACGUAUCGCAGUCAACGCCGAUGUCACGUAUUCAUACUAUCCAUUUAUCAACAUCAGUAAUCUUCAUAACAUCAUGCCUCAAGAUGUCAAUUAUCUUGAGUCACAAGGUUGCCUUCGAGUUCCGACGAGAGCCAUUCUGGACGAGUUCGUACAACAAUACUUCUUGCAUAUUCACCCUAUUAUGCCUGUAAUUAACGAAGGGGACUUCUGGGAAAUGUAUUGCAACCAAUCCUUUGCGGAACCGACCGACAAAAUAUCUCUCGUCUUUUUUCAAGCUCUUCUGUUCUCAUCUUGCAAUUUCGUUUCAAAAAGUAGUAUAAAAGCAUUGGGGUUUCCUAGUAUCCGCGCUGCAAGAGCUACUUUUUACAGACGCACAAAGCUUCUGUUCGACUUUGACACCGAAAUAUCUUUGGUUGGCCUUGCGCAAACCGCCCUCCUUCUCUCAUUUUGGGCCACGAAUUGGUCUCUCGCUGCCAAGAAGCUCAACAGCACAUGGCUUGGAAUCGCGAUACAAAACGCAAAGAGUUCCGACGCCCACCUUUACGCGGUCAAGCCAACUUAUUCCGCGAUAUCUGAUCCGAUACAACAUAAAAAGCAGAACGUAUUGAAGAGGUUGUGGUGGUGCUGUCUUGUCCGCGAUCGCAUUUUAGCUUUGGGGGUGCGGCGGAGCCUCCAAAUAUCGAGAGCCCAUUUCGAUCUUGACUCUAACACCGGUCUCGGAUACGCGGACUUGGCAGACGAGGUCGAACGAUCCAAAGUGUACAACGCCGAAACGAAGAGGUGUCUCAUUGAGAUAUUUGUUCAGAUUGGAGAGCUCUGUUCAGUCCUGACCGAUCUCAUAACUCUAGUAUUUCCACUUGACGACGUACCAGGUUGGGAUAGACAACUAGGCUCAGAGGGAGUGACCUCAUUGAGCGAAUGCAAGGCAGCGCUGAGACGGUGGUACAAGGGCGCCACGCUCCGAUUCCCGAUGUUUGGGGGUGGAAGCAUACCGAGGAUGACGACCACGAAUGGCAAGCAGUACCAACAUGAUUCCGUGAUUUUGUACACCAAUUUGAUGUACAUGCAUUACCAUUCUGCGCGAGCGGCUCUUUGCCACCAUGAGGUCCUACAGUUGGCUGUGGCUUGUACUUCGCCGAAUUUGAGUAGCAAUCUUCGGGAAUUUUCGAAAAUCUACGAAAAUCGGCACGAGCUCCAAGACGCGGCAUGCAGUGUGACGGAAUGCCUCAAAGAACUCAUUCAACUGCGGCUUGCCCGUUUUCUGCCGAUCAGCGCCGUCGCAUGCACGGCAUUGCCUCUAGUUUUACAUAUCAUCGAUGUUAAACUAUCAUCAUUGAAUAAAACUAAGAGCAGCUCACCAAGCUCGGACCCAAAUAUGGCGGCGAAGCAACACCGUCUUAACAUUUUGAUCGAAGCUAUGAAAACUUAUCAACCUCAAUACGACGGCGUUGAUUAUAUUAGCGAAACUAUCCGACACAUAAUCAACAUAGCUCAAUUAGAUACGCCUUCGACCGCGGGUUCAGGGUUCUCAAGUCUUUACAACGACAGCAAACAGCCUUCGAUAUCAGAUUGGACCGAUAUAUUAGCUUCUCAACCAGGCUACUAUUUACGCCUUGCUAUGACGAUGGACUUGUGUUUUAGCAAAGGUCGGCUGGCGGAAGAAUCGGACUUCCCCGCAAGCCUGCGGGGGCUGUUUGCAGCUGACUUCAGCUCGAUCCGAGCCCUGGUCACAAACGGGAAACAGACUUCCGCCACAGUCCCUGUAGCAACGCAGAAUCAAGGACCGAAUUAUUUCGCACCAAAUCCAACCGUAAACAUAACGCCAGGAACGGUGCACUCGCUCUCCUCGGACGAAGAUUCAAACUCCCCUAACUCCCUCGAUGGCAAUGCAAAUAAUACCUCCGAACCUCAUUCUCAUUCCCAUUUUAACAACACCAACCAUACGUUUAACUCUAAUGACAUAGACAUGUCCAACAUCUUCGCCAAUCCCCUAAAUAUCGACCACCUAGCCAGCGAAGUCCUCGCCGCGUACGGGCUAAACGCCGAUGCGGACCAGGGACUAGGAGAAGACGAUUGGAUCGAGAGGGCGUGGAGCGACGAAGAGAUGAAGGAAGCUGCCACGGCAACGCAGGGACAAGGACAUAACCAAGAAGGCGACGGUGGAGAUAAAGAGACAGCGCGGCUCCUACUCGAUGCGUUGAGGGAUGAUGCCGUUAGCUGCGGCGUCUGAUACUGAAUAUACAUACCUACAUAUCAUUGGCUUAUCCGGGCGGG